AUGAGCAAUUCCCAGCCGAGCAGCAAAUUUCCCUCUUCCGCGGCUGCACUUCCAAUACAGUUUGCGAAAAAGUCUUCCGCCGCAGCUCCAAAGCUCAACAGCGAGAUGGAAAUGGGCAGCCUCGCUGCUGUCGAUGGCCAGGGUGGCAGUCAUGCGACGGCCGCGGCUCCAGCAGCCCCCCCCCCUGAGAACGACAUCAUGCAGCUUGCCCGGAUAGGCGACAUUGUUGCCAUGGAGAAGUUGUUGGAGUCGGGGGACUAUGAUGCCACAUAUAGCGAUGAUGAGGGUAUCACGCCUUUGCACUGGGCCGCCAUUAACAAUCAAUACGCCAUGUGCAAGUUUCUCAUCGAGCACGGCGCCGAAGUCAACCACAAAGGGGGCGAUUCUGUUGCUACCCCUCUACAAUGGGCCGCACAACGAUGCCAUUAUUAUACCGUCAAUCUCUUGCUGCAGCACGGCGCCGAUCCUCUGAUAACCGAUGCCCAAGGCUACAAUACCCUUCACAUCUCUACUUUCAAUGGCAACGUCUUGUUGAUUGUGUUGCUGCUACAUCAAGGGAUCCCUGUUGAUGUUCUCGACACGUAUGGACAUACGUCGCUAAUGUGGGCCGCAUACAAGGGGUUCCCAUCGUGUGUGGAUGUAUUCCUACGCUGGGGCGCGAGCGUACAUGCUGCCGAUGAACAAGGCUUUACGGCUCUACACUGGGCCUUGGUCAAGGGCAACCCAGGAUGCGUUCAGAAGCUUGUUGAGUACGGAGCAGACCGGUUCGCGAAAACAGAGAACGGCAAAACACCCGCUGUGACGGCCAGCGAACUGAAGACUCAACCUGCAUGGCAUCGGGCGCUGAGGGAAUGCGGCUACGAUGAAGAGGGCAAUCCCGUAACUCCGCCUUGGCCGGGGACUAACUACUUUUUGAAGGACAAGAGGGCUUUCACGACCAAGUUCUUGUUCCUAUGGCCUUGGGUUAUGAUCUGGAGUGUGCUCAUAGUCUUGUCGCAUACGCCGGUGCUGCUUGGUGCGCCCGUGGCAGCUGGUAUUGUGUAUUGCUGUUACUGGUUUGCGACUCAGGUGUUAGAAUAUGCUCCACCGGAUAUGCGACACUUUCACAAAACACCGUGGAUGGCUGGGAUUUUUGCAGGCUCACUCUUCCUUGUUGGGACCAACUGGCUGACGACGGUCGUGUGGAGCACGAUGCGAGACGAGAGCUCGCACCUGCUCUUGAAUCUGGUAUUUGCGGCGCUUUUCAGCCUGACGACAUUUUUUUAUGCGGCUUGCAUGCGAUUUGACCCCGGAUUUGUACCCAAACUGAAUGGCAUUGCGGAGCAAAGAGCCGCCAUUGACGAGCUUCUGGCGUCGUGGAAGUUUGACGAAGCCAACUUUUGUGUUACGUGCAUGAUUCGAACGCCGCUUCGUAGCAAACAUUGCAGACGGUGCCAGCGAUGCGUGGCCAAGCAUGAUCACCAUUGCCCGUGGGUUUAUAACUGCGUCGGUAUUAACAACCAUCGACACUUUUUCCUGUAUCUUGGCUGCCUCACCCUGGGCAUUCUGGUAUACGAUUGGCUAAUCUACUACUAUUUUGGUCUGGUCUCAGCCAAGGCUUCGGAAUCGUGUGCCAUCUUUGGACCAGGGCUGUGCAGACUCAUCCAUUCCGAUGCAUACACUUUAUUCCUGACUGUGUGGGUCACGCUCCAGCUGGUCUGGGUAACCAUGCUGGUCGUCACCCAGCUCAUCCAAGUAUCUCGGGCGAUGACGACGUACGAAAACAUGACGGGUAUCCACACCCGGGAAGCCGCCACGGCACUCACAUCAACAGGGACGCCGCUCGACCCGUCGCUUGCCGCAGUCGCAGCCUCCACUGCCCCACCCUCCGGCCACUCGUCGAAACACGGUGCUAGCAUGUUGAAGCAAUGGAGCCGCAUCCUCGGCGUUGAUCCCUUCAUCGAGACUGUUACGGGCCGCGGGGCCGCCACUGGCAAGGGCCGCCGUAGGAAGAGGAAUCCCUACAGUAGGGGCUGCAUCUCCAACUGCAGGGACUUUUGGUGCGACCCUGCGCCCGUGUUUGGGCCGCGGGAAAAUGGCACCGCGGUGCUGGGGGGGGACAGGGUAGACUACACGGCCAUGUAUGAGAGCCCGACGUUGAUGCAUCUCGCGGGCAUAAGGCGGGGCGCCUACGAAGCUCUCGGGACGGAAGAAGUGUGA